UCUCCCCCCCCCCCCCAAAACGAUUUGAUCCGCUCCAACCUGCAAACGGCGCUGGACCAUGGCAGAUGAGGAAAAUAUUCUCAGUAGCAGCACUAGCAGCAGCUCCGACGGCGCCGACGGCGACUGCCCUCGGCAGGCCAUUGCCGAGCCGUGCCUGGGUUGCAGCGAGAGCAGCCGCUGCAACGUGCUCAGCUGGGAGCAAGUGCAGCGCCUGGACCGCAUCCUGAGCGAGACCAUCCCGAUCCACGGCCGGGGCAACUUCCCCACGCUGGAGAUGCAGCCGCGCCAGAUUGUGAAGGUGGUGCGCAGCCGCCUGGAGGAGCAGCGCAUCGGCGUGCGCGAUGUGCGCCUCAACGGCUCGGCGGCCAGCCACGUCCUGCACCAGGACAGCGGCCUGGGCUACAAGGACUUGGACCUCAUCUUCUGCGCCGACCUGAAGGGCGAAGCCGAGUUCCAGACGGUGAAAGACGUCGUCUUGGACUGCCUGUUGGAUUUCUUGCCGGAAGGAGUUAACAAGGAGAAGAUCACCCCGCUCACCCUCAAGGAAGCCUAUGUGCAGAAAAUGGUGAAAGUGUGCAAUGAUUCAGAUCGGUGGAGUCUCAUCUCCUUGUCCAACAACAGUGGGAAAAAUGUGGAGCUGAAAUUUGUGGACUCCCUGAGAAGGCAGUUUGAGUUCAGCGUAGAUUCCUUUCAGAUCAAGCUAGACUCUCUCCUCCUUUUUUACGAAUGCUCAGAGAACCCGAUGACUGAAACUUUUCACCCGACUAUAAUCGGGGAGAGUGUCUAUGGGGAUUUCCAAGAAGCUUUUGAUCACCUUUGCAACAAGGUCAUUGCUACCAGAAACCCGGAAGAGAUCAGGGGAGGUGGUCUCCUGAAGUACUGCAACCUCCUCGUAAGGGGCUUCAGGGCAGCCUCGGAAUCUGAGAUCAAGUCUCUCCAGAGAUACAUGUGCUCCAGGUUUUUCAUUGACUUCUCGGACAUCGGGGAGCAGCAGCGGAAAUUGGAGUCGUACUUGCAGAACCACUUUGUGGGCUUGGAGGACCGCAAGUAUGACUAUCUCAUGACCCUUCACAGUGUGGUGAAUGAGAGCACCGUGUGCCUGAUGGGACAUGAGAGGAGACAGACUCUCAACCUUAUCACCAUGCUGGCCAUCCGUGUGCUAGCUGACCAGAAUAUCAUCCCCAAUGUGGCCAACGUCACGUGCUACUACCAGCCAGCCCCGUAUGUAGCAGAUGCUAACUUUAGCAAUUAUUAUAUUGCCCAGGUUCAGCCAAUGUUCCCGUGUCAGCAGCACACGUACUCAACUUGGUUGCCCUGUAAUUAGCAGAUUUAAUAGGCUUGGUGGAGAUUGUGUUUUCUGUCAAGCAAAUAAAGGGGGGAAGGCAGCACUCCCCCCUCUUCUUCUUUUUUUAGAAACAAACAAUGGGGUGUUUUUUUGUGCAAUGGUGGUCUGCUCUGGCUUUUCAGCUUGAGAGAAGCUGUCGGUUCUUCAGUCUAAUGUAACAGAGAGUGAUUUAGAAAAAGAACCGAAAAACAAAAAACCUCAUUGGAUUCUCUACCCCAAAGCACAGAGGCCUGUCAUGAAAAGCAAAUACGUCCCCUUGAAGUAAACCAGGGAGGAGGAAAUGCUUGAUGACAAUAUGGGUUGGCGAUGCCUGCUCCCAUAGCUAUGGCAGAGUGAAAGUUGGGAAGCCUUUAUUUUUUAAAUGAAUCUGCAAAAAACAAAACAAAACAAAAAAA